CUCCGCCCGCCCUGGGUCCCUGGGCUGCUCGGGAAUUCCCCACGUGCGGGGAUUCCACGCGCUCCACGCUUGGCCGCGCGCCCCGGCUCUCAACGGGACACCUGCUGCGCGCGGCCAGGCGUGGAACGGGUGGAUGGAAGAUUCCCUUGCGUGAGCGCCGUGACGUCAGUGCGUCGUGGCUGGGCUGUUUCCUCCCUCAAAGGAAGGAGUCGGCCCUCCCCCGCUUAACCCUUCCUCCGCUGGAACCCGGGCCCUGAAGUGUGAAGAUUGAGGGCCAGGAAUUCCGGGGUGGUGUGCACCAGGCGUCUGCAAACUGGGACUCCCAGCUGCUAGGUCCUGGGGAAAGGGGUGCUAGGCUAUCGGACUCCCGCAGAAUGCGGCCUGGACUGUUAGGUGUCAAGGGGGAAUGGGUCUGGACUUCUGGAAUCCCCGUGAGCUAAGGGGCUCUAGAUUCGUGGUUCCUUGGAGAACGGGGCUGGGGACUCGGACGCCUCAUUUCCAGAGGAAAGUGUGUCAGUGAGCCGGGGUGAACGCAGCCACUGCCCAUCACAGACCGUGAAGAAGCUCCUGGAAGAACAGAGGCGCCGGCAGCAGCAGCCUGAUGCUGGGGGGGUACCGGUAAGGCCCAUGGAGCCCUGUGAACUACAACUCUUAUGAGGCUCUGUCCCGUCGGGCAAGGACUUGAUGGCUUGCUGGGGCCUCAGAACGGAUGAGAGACUACCUCUGACCUAGAUGCGCUGGGGGUGGGGAAAUGGAUGCUGAGGGGCUGGUCAGAUCAAUUCCCCCUUUUUCCUUUGUGUUACUGCCUCCACAGGGACAGUUUCCGCCUCCCCUGGCCCAGUCCCUGGCCCCAUCUGUGAAUGAGAGUGAGGCAGGCCCUUCUCGCUUCCCAGUACACCAGGAGACUGUGGGUUCUGGACUUGGCGGCCUGGCCCCCACCGCGGGCUUUCCAGACUGGGACCCCAACACGCAUGCUGCCUACACAGACAGCCCCUACUCUUAUCCUGCUUCUGCUGCUGAAGGUUUCCUGACUCCUGACUUCUACCCACCCUCCGACCCAGGGCGGCCGUGUCCAUUUUCUGUGGGGAUCGAGGACCCCCUGGAUACCCGGCUUUAUGCAGAACCUUCCUUGCCACAGGCAGGAUCCUGGAGAGGUUCUGGACUUCCCUCAGGCCCCCCACAGAUGCCCCCUGUGACCACUGGACCAUCUCUGGACACGGCCCGUGCUCACAUGCUGGCUCUGGGGCCACAACGGCUGCUGGCCCAGGAUGAGGAGGGAGACACGCUCCUGCACCUGUUUGCGGCUCGGGGCUUGCGCUGGGCAGCAUAUGCUGCAGCUGAGAUGCUCCAAGUGUACAGACAUCUGGACAUUCGUGAGCAUAAGGGCAAGACCCCUCUCCUGGUGGCUGCCGCCGCCAACCAGCCCCAGAUUGUGGAGGAUCUACUGAACCUGGGAGCAGAGCCCAAUGCCACUGAUCAUCAGGGACGUUCUGUCUUGCAUGUGGCCGCUACCUAUGGGCUCCCAGGAGUCCUCUCGGCCGUGAUUAACUCAGGGGUUCAGGUAGACCUAGAAGCCAGAGACUUUGAAGGCCUCACCCCUCUCCACACGGCCAUCCUGGCCCUCAAUGUUGCUAUGCACCCAUCUGACCUAUGUUCCCGGGUGCUGAGUACCCAGGCCCGAGACAGACUGACUUGCGUCCAGAUGUUGCUGCACAUGGGGGCUGAUCACACCAGCCAGGAGAUCAAGAGCAACAAGACAGUCCUGCACCUGGCCGUGCAGGCUGCCAAUCCCACCCUGGUUCAGCUGCUUCUGGAGCUGCCACGAGGAGACUUGCGGGCCUUUGUCAACAUGAAGGCCCAUGGGAACACAGCCCUCCACAUGGCGGCUGCCCUGCCCCCUGGGCCACCCCAGGAGGCCAUCGUGCGGCGCCUGCUGGCAGCUGGGGCAGAUCCAACACUGCGAAACCUGGAGAAUGAGCAGCCUGUCCACCUGCUGCGGCCCGGGCCGGGGCCCGAGGGGCUCCGGCAGCUGUUGAAAAGGAGCCGUGUGGCACCCCCAGGCCUGUCCUCUUAGGACUCAAACCCAGAACCUGGACUGAUUUUCCAGUCCCCACCGUCCUGUGGGACAGCCAGCGUAUGCUAAUGUUGCAAAUCCAUGAUAAUGUAUGUGGAAUGUCCUGCCAUUGGGGUCUUACAUUAAAACCCCAAAAUGGCUGGGGGGGUAAACAAUCCCCAAUAUUUGGGGUGGUGUAAUACCCCUCCCCCACCUACAAGGAGCCCUCUUGAUGAUUUCUGUGAAAUCGAGGCCCCUUGAUUGUUUCUGUGAAACACCCUGGACCCCUAACCCUUUCCGUAUUGGGAUCUUUUGGGGCCCCCUCCCCUACUCAACUCUUUACACUUAGAACCCCAGAUGUGAUUUCCCUACACAGUACUUGGAGGACCCCCAAAAUAGCUCCCAGUGCCGUCCAGUAGAGCUCCUAAGAUGAUCCUCUAAACCUCCCCAGGACCUACACCGUUCAGGUCCUUACCUCUGAGACAUAGGAAGGACUCUCCUAGAUUUGAGUCCUCUAUCAUGUGCUUUCUAAUUCAGAACUAACUGGGCCCCGUCCCAGAUCUCCCCAUUUUCUGUUGAAUCUCUCCCCGAUGUAAAACUACUUAUUAAACUCAGUUUGGACUCAA